AUGUACCCUCUAGAGAAAUAUUAUAAACCCACUGUUCCUACUUCUUUUUACAGAGAAAAGACGUUUACCGGUACAGACGAAGAAUACUUAGAAUUAAUUAACAAUUCUACUACUGUCUAUAUCAACAAUAUAGAUCAUUCUGUUGAUGAAACAAGGAUAUGGGAACUAGCCAUGCUUUUUGGCGAAGUAAAAAGGGUAAUUAUGGGGAUAAAUAGAAAUUUUUUAACAUUUUGUGGAUUUUGUUUUGUAGAGUUUUACAGAAAAGAAGAUGCUGAAAAAUGUAAAUUGUGGGCUGAUAAACUGAGAUUUGAAAAGAAAUCAUUAAGUGUUGAUAAAGAUUAUGGAUUUAGAGAAGGUAGACAAUAUGGAAGAGGAGUUUUUGGUGGUAGAAUGAAAGAUGACAAUGCAAAAAAGAGAAGAUAUUACAAUAAUUAA